AUGGUUUCAAUAAUAGACCCUAAAAUUCUUUCGUUAAUAAACUGUGUAAAAAUAGGCGCGGGGCACAGUUCGAUCACAAAUGGUAGUACGGAUAUUAUACAUGAAGCACAGGAUGCACUACGGCUUGUCGAAGAAGAUAUUUCCAAAAUCCAAAGCCAGAAAAAGAAAAGGACAGCUACUUGCUGCGGGGGACAAUUAGCUCACUCACCUGAAAUAAGAAAGAGCGUCAGUGAUAAUAGACAAGAACGGGAUUCCUGCUUGAAUAACGUAACCCUUUCCACGGAGAAGUCCCGCCAAGUCUUACAUCGACUUUUGGAGCAAACAUACAGUAAAAAAUCUCACAGUAAAUUUUUAAAGAGAAGUUUAGAGAAUGUAUCGACGCAUCCUCAUGGGGAAUUUGAAACGGAUCAAUCCACAUUGCAAAGAAGUCGCAGCUUAGCGAUCUCUCGAGAAGCUGGAGUAUUCAACGACAUUAAUCUUGCCACCGGCAAACGUCAAAGGCGACAACAACUGAUACCGCGGGCAAAGCUUAUUGAUAAGCACGGUGUCAAGGAAAGGUGCGGUUCAAAAGAUCGAAUUCACGAAAUCUACCAAUCCAAAGACACAUUGAGAAAAUGUAGCAGUAUAUCAUCAGACUACGUACUUCCACAUUCACGAACGAUAGAUUCAGAUUUCGGUCUAAGCCUACCAAAUUAUUAUCCCGAUAGCGAUAUUUCUUUAACUGACUUGUCGUCCGAUAAAUAUUCAUUCAAAGAAGAGAAGAGAUCUCAGUCGACAAACAACCUCUAUCGCCAAGAUUCGGCGGAAAUUGUUUACCACGACAACAUAUCGUUUGGUAAAAGUUUUGAUGACAAAUAUUUCAAACCACGUACAAUACGGCAUUACACACCGUUCGAUCACGAUCUCAAUAAUUUCUACGAAGGAAAACCGAGAAGUUUGCCAAAUUGCAGUAUAGCGUUUGGAGAAGAAUCGAACUUGUACGAUUCGGCCGAUUUGAAAAUCUAUGAAGAGUUGGAUGAAGUAUUUAAAGAAGAAAUAUCAGAUUUCUCGCAAUCCGAUCUCAAUUUCGAUGAGAUCAACCUAAACAACGAGAAUAUAACGAAAACGAUCUCUGUCGACUCUUGCUUCGAAACAAAUCCAAUUUACGACGAAAUACCGGUGGUCGAAGUGCAUAAAGAUAACGUAAUUUUAAAAACCUGCGUGCAAGUCAAAGGUGAAGAGGAGGAUUACAAGACUAUCAUUAACGUAGAUGACGAAGUAAAAGAACCUCCGAGGCACAGCCACAGCUACUUAAAAGACUUUAUAGAAUCUCAAAAGGGAUCGAAAAAGCCACUACAGAACUUCCUCUCAAGAAAAUUUUCGCGAGCGUUCGAAGGAAUCAAAAAAGAAGAAACGAACCAAUACUAUUCACUUCCCGAUUUAUCUAUCGGAAAAAAUUUGAGAUACUGUGAGAAGAUCGACAAAAAAUUACGAAAGUGCGACAACUCCAAUCGAUUUAUCGUUAACAUUGGACGACAUUUCGACGUAACUGCCGAAAGUAAUAUACCUGUAGAUUUUGAAGUUAAAAUAUCGAAGAUACCAAAGUUGAAAAGGACCAAGUCUAUCAAAAGUGAAAACAAAGAAGAGGAAUUUAUCGACGCCGUUAAGAAUCUAAAUAGUACACUUAACGGUAUACAGCAGUCGAAACCGGAGGUUGUCGAAGUGAACAAGCAACAAUCGGUUAAACGAUUGGGACGAACAAAAUACAAGAAACACAAGGAAAACAUCGGUGACGUUAAAAGUGAGAAAACUAAGCUGCCUCGCAUCACGGAAGUUGCAGAAAUGGACGUCGAGUCUAAUAAAGAGUACCAAAAGAAGUUAGGUACCAUGCGAAAUUACUGGGGAAAAAUUAACGAAACGGAUAAAUCCAAAGGCGAGUCUCCGAAAUGUAAGAUAGUCGACGUACAAACUAAAGUGGAAGACGUUAUCAAACAGUUUGAAAAUAAAGAAGAGAAAGAUGCGGAAAAAGAAGAAAGUAUAGUAAGAGUGGCUAAACAACUCUUCGAAAAUUCUGGCAAAGCCUCGCCCAUUAAAGAAAAGGUUAACAUAUUUGAAAAUCGAAGUCAGUACGAAAGUCUUAAUCCCAACAUAGUGGAAAUCAUCGAAAAAAACGAAGAGAAACAUCAAACCGUCAAAGCCCUCAGUGACGCAUUUGAAACAGAAUUUGAUCAUGUUCGCUAUCGCGUCAUGAAAUCGGACCUCUUCCAAAAAAAUAUAUUUGCCAACUGUCAGAAAGAGUCACAGUUCGACGGGCUGAUGCAAUAUCUGCAGCAUUACAGUUUUCAGGAGCUCCUGAUCGAUAACAAUAUAGUGAUAAUCGAACCUAUACGAACUAAAAUUGAACACGAGGCGACGCCAACGACGAAAGGCCCGAAGAUUUUGACAAAAAUGCUACAUAAGUCACAAAACACCGAAACAAAAGACACAAGUUUAAGACGCCGUUUCUUUUAUCAUCCGAUAAGAGUAAACAAAGAAAUGAACGAGGACGAACUACCUAAUCCCGACACCGUAAAGCUCGUCCGGCAACUGUUUGAAAAUGGCCUAAAAAAAUCUCAAAGCUCGCAAGCUCUAGACGACAUCAAACCGACAAAGAAGACCGUGCAAUAUCAAACCAUUGAUCGUGAUCCGGACAAAGACAACUGCUCAAUCACGGACUCCUCGAACACGACUAAUUCUUCUUCGGACGCCGGGAGCAACGAUAACGAGGAACUGUGCUGCGAGUUGCAGUACGUCAGCGAGGACGUCAUGCAAAAAAUACGCGAGUGCGGCACUUCAGUCACGUAUUAUGGAGGUAAAGUGAUGGAGAGGAAUCGCGACCCGAACGUCAUGACGGAGGCAAUCAUGGAGGAAAUUAAGAGGGAUUGCAAAUGCGCGCAUCCCGACAAUAAAGACGCUUAUAACGGCGUGAAAUUUAAAUUGCUCAAAUCGAACAGCUGCAGCAGUCGCAUCGAACUGGUCGGUACGGAGAACCUCGAGAAGUACAAGCAAAAGUAUUUCGACAAACAAAAAGAUUUAAUCGACCAAAAAAAUCGGGAAAAUCAAAGAAAAAAUUCGUGCAUCAGGGAACAAGAUGAAAGCGAGAAGGAGGUAGGCGACGAAAAACAUUUGACACAAUGGAGUAACUUGGGUGAGCAAAAGACGUACAAUAACAUUAUGUUUAGCAAAACGAAUAAGAAGUCGAAUUACGAUUAUCAUAACUACGAACAGAUCAGAAGGAACUCGAACAAAAUGGACGAAAUCGAAUUCGAGAACUACGAAAUAGCGGGAACUUAAGCAACUGUAUGUGCCUAUUUAAUGUAAUAAAAAAUAUUUGGUGUAGGAAA